AUGUCUUCUGCGAACAUAAAUAAUAAUAUCAAACGUCAUUUAAUUGAUAUAAAACCAAAUCGAGAAAAUAUUCGUUUAAUUUAUUUAAAUAAUACAGAACCAACAUUUGACAUACAAUCAAAUUUACUUAAAAUAAAUCCAGCUGCACAAUUUUAUACGGAUAUUCAAUUAUGUAUUGAUAUAAUAAAAACAAUUUCUAAUGAAAAUAUUUUUUUAAUUAUUUCAAAUAUAUUAUUAUCAAAUAUUUUCGAUUAUAUUUAUUCUUUACAAUCAAUUAUUGCUAUUUUUAUUUAUGAUGAUAAACAACAAAUAAAUGAAUUGAAAAUUAAAUGUCCAAAAAUAAUUGAUACAUAUACAAAUCAAUAUGAUUUAUUUAAAUCUAUUGAAGAAAAAAUUCAAUUUAUUGAAAAACAAACAUUUAUUUAUAGUUUAUUUAAUCAAAAACAUAAAUUAAUAACAAAUGAAUCAGCUUCAUUUCUUUGGUAUUAUAUGUUAAUUGAUAUUCUUAAACAAAUACCACAAAAUGAAUCUUUACAUGAUGAAAUCUUAAAUAAAUGUUCAGAUUAUUAUCGAACAAAUCGUUUAGAAUUAGAUAAUAUUGAAUUAUUUCGUCAAAAUUAUCUAACACAACAAGCUAUACAAUGGUAUAAAAAUGAUUGUUUUAUGUAUAAAUUAUUAAAUCGUGCAUUACGUACAAUAGAUUUUGAAAUUUUAUAUUCAAUUCGUUUUUUUAUUAUUGAUUUAUAUUUUCAAAUAAAAAAAGAAUAUAAAAAUAUUAAAAAACAAGAAUAUUUAAUUGUUUAUCAUGCACAAAUUAUGUCUAUUGAAGAAAUUAAAAAAUUAAAAAAAUAUAUUGGUUAUUUAAUAUCAAUCAAUAAUUUUUUAUUAACAUCAUAUAAUAAAAAUUUAUUAUUAAAAAAUUAUUUUCAAGAAAAUUUUUCAAUAUAUGUUAAUGUUCUUUUUGAAAUUCAUAUUGAUCUUAGAAUUGAAACAAUUAGUUUAACUAAUAUAUCAUCAUUAUGUCAUGAAAAUGAAAUUUUAUUAAAUAUAAAUUCUAUAUUUAAAAUAGAUUCUAUAGAAUAUGAUUCUAUAAAUAAUUUAUGGAAUAUUAAACUAAUAACAAAUGAUGAUGAAACAAAACAUGUUCAUGAAUAUUUAAAAUGGACUCAAAAAGAAAUGGAUUAUGAUAGUUCAAUGAUUUAUUUUGGUUAUCUUUUAUGGAAUGAAUUAGGUCAAAUGAAUCAAGCAAAAAAUUAUUUUCAUAUAUUAUUAAAAUUAUUAACAAAUAAUAAUAGAGAUAUUGCAAAAAUUUAUAUUGAAUUAGGAAAUAUAAAUAAUGAAAUUAAAGAAUAUAAAUUAGCAUUAGAAAAUUAUGAAUAUGCUCUUGAUAUUUAUCAAAAACAAAUACCAAAAGAUAAUAUUCAUAUUGCUUUAGUAUUAAAUCAUAUUGGAAUUGUUUAUAAACAUAUGGGUAAAUUUGAUCGUGCUAUUGAAUAUUAUCAACAAUCAUUAGAUAUUUAUGAAACUACAUGUUCACAUAAUACAGAUCAUAUUCAUCGAACUAAUACUAUGGUUAAUAUGGCCUUAGCAUAUAGAGAUAAAAAAGAUUUUCAUACUGCUCUUACUUAUCUAAUGCAAGCUUAUAAUAUUCGUCAUGAUAUUCUUCCAAAUGAUGAUCCAUUACUUGCAAAUUCAUUAAUUAAUAUUGGUAAUAUCUAUUGUGAUAAACAUGAUUUAAAUCAAGCUCUUGAUUAUUAUCAACAAGCUUUAUCAAUUCAAGAAAUAGUCUAUCCAGAUGAUCAUUUAAAUAAAGUCCAUACACUACAAACUAUUGGUCAUAUUUAUUUUGAUAAACAAAAUUGGCAAAAUGCUCUAGAUUAUUUAAAUCGUACAUUGAAAAUGUAUCAAUGUUUAUUAUCUACUAAUAUAAAUCAUUAUGAUAUUGCUAUGUGUUAUGGUGAUAUUGGUAAUGUAUAUGAAAAAAUGAAUAAUUUAGAUUUAGCAUAUAAUUAUUAUGAUCAACAAUUUCAAAUUGAAGAACAAUAUUUAUUAUUUAAUCAUCCAAAUCUUAUUAUACAUUUUGAUCAUAUAAUAAAUAUAUUAAAAAAGAAUAAUAAUAUUGAAAAAGCAAUUGAAUUAUGUCAAAAAAAAUUAUCUAUAUUAAAAAAUAUUUUUGGAAUUGAAUAUGAAUAUAAUUUACGUAUAGCUCGUAUAUUAGUAUUAAUAGCAACAUUAUAUGAAGAUAAAAAUCCACUUGAAUCUCAUCAAUAUUAUCAACAAGCAUUAGAUAUAUUUGAACAUAAUAAAAAUGAAGAUACAUUUCAAAUAUGUCUUUCAACAAUGAUAAAUUUCUAUUGGAAAUGUCGAAUGUUUGAUCGUGCAUUAAUAUGUCAAAUGAAAUUACUUAAUAUUCGACGUUCAAUAUUAUCAUCUAAUCAUCAUGAUAUAGGAUAUAGUUUACGUGAUUUAGCACGACUUUAUCGAGUUAUGAAUAAAUCAAAUGAAGCAUUACAAUAUUUUGAACAAAGUUUACAUAUUUUACAAUCAAAAUAUGGAUCUGAACAUAUAGAUGUUAAAAAUAUACAAAAAGAAAUUAUUGAUUUAAAAGAUAUAAUUAAAUCAAUAUCAUCUAAUGCUGAUGAAGAUUAUAAUUAUCGUCGAAAUUCGAAUGCACAUAAAUCAUUCUUUAUAAUGCCACAAAAUGAUUCAAAUUCACAAUCAUCUACAUCAAGUUGGAAUACAAAAAAUAAAUCAUCAAGAUCAAACUCUACGAGUGCAAUUUGUAUUAUUAUAUAA